UGACCGUGUUCCUGGCUGCAUCUACAUAACUGGAGCAGCUGGGUUACUAGGGUUAGUUUUCAGCACUGGUGGUCUUGAUGAGUCACAUCUGGAGGGAGGAUAAAGGCAGAGGGAUGUGGGGGAAGGAAAAGUGGAACCGUUGGCCAGAGUCAGUCUCAGUCAGUCAGUCCUCAGAGAUUUUUCACCAUGGACCAUGAACAUAAGUGACACUGACCACAAUCAUCUGCCUCUUUAUCCUGAUGCUGCUGGGAAAUAAACACGAAACAUGGCUCUCCUGAGGAAAAUCAACCGUGUCCUGCUGGUGCUGCUGGUCUUCAUGUUGUUUCUGCUUGUGCACAAUGCAUUGUUCAGAGCCUCCUCACAGCCCAAACUCUCAGAUCACCGGAAGACGAGUGGAAGUGCAGCUGGAGGCCCUGCAGUGAGCGAGCCAGAGGCAGGCGAUGUCAUCCCGGUCAUCAUCUGUGCCUCAGAGGAGCGUAUGGGUGGAACCAUGGCAACGAUCAACAGCAUCUACAGCAACACGGAUGCCAGUGUUUUCUUCUAUAUUGUCACUUUCCGCGAUGCUGUGAGACUGGUAAGGCAGUACAUUGAGGAGACCGAACUGAGAGGCAUCAGGUAUAAGAUACUGGAAUUUAACCCCAUGGUUCUUCGCGGAAAAGUGAAGCCAGAUUCUUCUCGCCCUGAUCUGCUGCAUCCACUCAACUUUGUGCGCUUUUACUUACCGUUGCUUGACAUCAACCAUGAGAAGGUGAUAUACCUAGACGAUGACGUCAUUGUGCAGGGAGACGUUCAAGAUCUGUUUAACAUCCAACUGAAGCCUGGACAUGCUGCUGCUUUCGCCACAGACUGCGACCUGCCCUCCACACAUGAGAUGGUGCGCAGCAUCGGCAUGCAGACCACAUACAUGGGCUUCCUGGACUACAGAAAACAGGAAGUUAAAGACCUGGGCAUUAACCCCAGAGACUGCUCCUUCAACCCUGGAGUGUUUGUGGCAGAUAUCAGCGAGUGGAAGAAACAAAAGAUCACCAAACAGCUGGAGAGAUGGAUGGAGGAGAAUUUCAGACAGAACAUAUACAGUAGUGCCAUGGCAGGAGGUGUGGCGACCCCACCCAUGCUGAUCGUUUUUCAUGGCAAAUACACAACACUGGAUCCACUAUGGCAUGUCAGACACCUUGUUCUGGGCUGUGUUCCAAACCUGUCUCCACCUCCUCUGCACUAG